AGCAGCGGUGGCGGCGGCCCGAGCACCCGCGGGACUUCGUCGUCAGGGCCGCCGGGGCUCUCCUGCUGUGCGCGUCGUCCCUCGGAACCCCAGCCGGGUUCGGCGGCCCAGCGCGCGCGAGCGAUCCACUGAUACCGGCUACAAUGAGUCUACUAAACUGUGAGAACAGCUGUGGGUCUGGCCUGGCUGAAAGCGACUGCUGUGCUGCCACAGCCACCUCCUGCGGUGCUGCAGUGAAGGAUGACAGUGUGAGUGGAGCCAGUAGCACAGGGAACCUCUCCAGCUCCUUUAUGGAAGAGGUCCAGGGAUAUGAUGUAGAGUUUGACCCACCGUUGGAAAGCAAGUACGAAUGCCCCAUUUGCUUGAUGGCAUUGCGGGAAGCAGUGCAAACUCCAUGUGGCCACAGGUUCUGCAAAGCCUGCAUCAUCAAAUCUAUAAGGGAUGCAGGUCACAAGUGUCCAGUUGACAAUGAAAUACUGCUGGAAAAUCAACUAUUUCCAGACAAUUUUGCAAAGCGAGAGAUUCUUUCUCUAAUGGUAAAGUGUCCAAAUGAAGGUUGUUUGCACAAGAUGGAACUAAGGCAUCUCGAGGAUCAUCAAGCACAUUGUGAAUUUGCACUUAUGAAUUGUCCCCAAUGCCAACGUCCCUUCCAAAAGUGCCAGUUUAAUAUUCACAUUCUGGAGGAUUGUCCAAGGAGACAGGUUUCUUGUGUGAACUGUGCUGUAUCCAUGGCGUUUGAAGAGAAAGAGAUCCAUGACCAGAGCUGUCCUUUGGCCAAUGUCAUCUGUGAAUACUGCAACACCAUACUCAUCAGAGAACAGAUGCCUAAUCAUUAUGACUUAGACUGCCCAACAGCCCCAAUUCCUUGCACAUUCAGUGCUUUUGGUUGCCAAGAAAAGAUGCAGCGGAAUCACUUGGCACGCCACCUGCAGGAGAACACCCAGUUACACAUGAGAAUGUUGGCCCAGGCUGUUAAUAAUUUAAACCUUGCUUUGCUUCCAUGUAAUGCCUCCUCUCUACCCCGGGAUUACCCAGAGGACCCGAAUUUUCAAGAAACCAUGCAGCAGUUGGAACGUCGCCUUGUAAAACAGGACCAUCAAAUCCGGGAGCUGACUGCUAAAAUGGAAACUCAGAGUACCUAUGUAAGUGAGCUUAAACGAACCAUUCGAACUCUGGAGGACAAAAUUGUCGAAAUUGAAGCACAGCAGUGCAACGGGAUUUACAUUUGGAAGAUUGGCAACUUUGGGAUGCAUUUGAAAUCCCAAGAAGAAGAAAAACCUGUUGUCAUUCACAGCCCUGGAUUCUACACAGGCAAACCUGGGUACAAACUGUGUAUGCGCCUGCAUCUUCAGUUACCAACUGCUCAGCGCUGCGCAAACUACAUUUCCCUCUUCGUCCACACAAUGCAAGGAGAGUAUGACAGCCACCUCCCCUGGCCCUUCCAAGGUACAAUACGCCUGACAAUUCUCGAUCAGUCUGAAGCACCAGUAAGGCAGCACCAUGAAGAGGUGAUGGAUGCGAAACCCGAGUUGCUUGCCUUCCAGCGUCCCACAAUCCCACGGAACCCCAAAGGCUUUGGCUAUGUAACGUUCAUGCACCUGGAAGCCUUACGACAAAGAACCUUCAUUAAGGAUGACACGUUACUUGUGCGCUGUGAAGUCUCUACCCGCUUUGACGUGAGUGCUCUUCGGAAGGAGGCUUUCCAGCCACGAAGUACUGAUGCAGGGGUGUAGCCAGGUCUGCUCACUUGAGUGGGGAAAAAACAAACAAGCAAACUGGGUUAAAAACAGUGCCUUUCCUUGCCUGUUCCCAAUAACAUGCAAACAAAGUUCAGUGGGAAGGAUAUACCUGCCAGCAAAUGCCAUUACUGUGGUCACUUACCACUUCUUCCUCUACAGUUAUCUGAGGUGGGGUUUUCUUGGGAUCUACAUGCCCCAUACAUUUUCAAUAAUUUUACAUUUGAAGGGCCUGUGGGACACAACAGCUAUUUUGUCACUUAGUAUACCUCUUUGUUAUAUUUACAUGAGCUUUUGCUUUAAAAUGCCUUAUUGUCAAAAAGCUCAGAAUUAGAGUGCUAAACCUCCGUCUUAGUAAUAACGGACUUUCCUUAGAAUCUUUGGCCUAUUUUGUAGUAUUUUACAUAAUAUAGUGAACAUCAGAUCACUGUUGACUUGUAGUGCCGACAAGAAGAGUUACUGCUCAUGCUGAGUUCCCAUCUUAUUUGACGGAUGGAUCUCAGAGGGUUUAAACCCUAACCCUUGGAAAACUCAAGUUCUCAUUUAUACCCUCCCCCAUGUUAACUAAGGAUAGCCAGAGACUGGUUUAAACCUGAAUUGAAACCUUGCUUAUUAGCGUAAGCAUGUUGUCUUUUGAGUAGCAACUUGUUAAAGUUGCCUUGCUCACAUCUUUCUGGAGGUUGCCGAGUGGCGUCUUCUCCAGAGUGUAUACUAACUACUACAUACCAUAAGGAUGCCAGCUGCUGUCAGCACUUGCAACCAUAGCCCUGCACGUGGCUUGUUUCUUGUGCACACAAAAUGAGCAAUACAAACUUAAAAAUGAAAAGUGAUUCAACUAGUCAACUAUUAUGGUAUAUCAUUGGUGAUAACAGAAGCCAGAUGUUUUCAGCCCUUUUGAAUACACUCUGGUUAUAGUUUAAUUAAAUGGAACCAAAUUGAUUUUCUAAAACAAAAAUUUAAAGCUUGGGAGGGAGAUCACUGGGGAUACCCAAAAAGUCACUGAACCAAGGUUGGAAGUUUUCCUGGUUGUAUCACCUCUUAACCUUGUGUGCAUUGCAGAUUGCUAGGCCCCAGCCCACUGCAAAUUGUGAGCAGAUCCUAUGCAGUGUACUGGAGUGGCCAGAUGUUUCUAAGUAGGGGUGGUUUUUGUGUUGUGUAUUUGUUCCCAGCCUGCACAUGUGGAAUAGUAUGGAUCCUAGUUCUCAGGAAGGCCCACACCUGGUUAGAGUGCCUGAAAGGAACCUGAGAGACCCUUCUGUCAAGUCUGAGCUCCUGACCGGUGUUCAAGAUUGGCCUUAACUUCGAGAGGAAGCCUAGGGACCUUGUCUGGGAAGAGAGGGGUCUACAACCCCAGCCAGUAUUGUUUGACCACUGGUUUUCUCUCUUUGACCCCCACCCCAUGUUUAGGUGAAAAUAAAGGUCAAGACCUUGUCCCUACAUCAGUCAGUACCACAGGCUUGUUUACUUACCAGUCGGUUUCCUGGUGGCCUGUGUGCCUCAGCUGCUCCUGUGAGUCAGGGUAGAACCACCCGGGUAGGGAAACCCACACUGCCUUGUUCCUGUGAUUGCUGUCAGUGAACGAAUAAAUAAAAGCUGUACUCAAAAAGUG